UUACGAUUUCUUCAUCCCUACGUUGAAAGUUAUCGAUUAGUUUGACAUGACAUAGCAACGUUCUGGAAACCAACAUGGCGGACGAAAAUGACAGUAAAUUUUAUUUGGAGCAUGAAGAAAUUUUAGAUGACUCAGAUGAUGACUUUAAGUAUGAAGAAGUACCUGUUGAUGAGGAACUUGUUGAGCCAGAUUUUGAUGAAGAUUUGGAUAUUGCUGUAAGGACCAUCCAGGAGGCUGAACAAGACAUUAAAGCAAGUCUCCAAAAAGAUGGGAAGGAGAAGGCACCUGUUACUGCUAGACCAGAAGUAAUUGAUGAUUUUGUCAGGAAUUUCUUGGUGAAAAUGGGCAUGGGUCGAACUCUUGAUUGUUUUCAAACAGAAUGGUAUGAACUACAACAAAAGGGCCAGUUGAAAGAAGAAGAUGUAGGUGUUGUACCAGAUAUCUACACACGAAAUCAGCAACUUGACACACAAGUCAAAUAUUUACGUCAAGAUGUUGACAAAUUCAGAGAUGCAGCCAUGAAAGCCAAGGAUACAUAUGUAAAGCUGAGGAAAGAGAGGGACUACCACAGGAUGCAUCACAAACGAGUGGUUCAGGAGAAAAAUAAACUCAUCACAGACAUUAAAAGACUAAAGAAACAUUAUGCUGCAUAUGAGCCAACUCUAAAACAACUUAAAGUGAAGUAUGAAGCAGCCAUGAAGGAGAAGAUGCUUACAAAGCUAGAGAGAGACAGGGCAGUAGGUCAGGUGUCUGGGCUUCAAAACACAUUGAAGACCAUGGGAGACUCAGCAAACUACACAUCAGGAGCUUUGAAUGCAUCUACCACCAGGAUGUGCCAAAAGGGAAGAUAUGAGCUGCUGGAUGAGGAAGGGAGAGGUCCUACCCAGAGGUCUAUAUAUGAAAGCAGACAGAAAGCAAUGCUUGAAAGUCAGAAAGAUGUAACCCAACAACCUAUGCCAAGACACCCUGAUGAUACAGAGUUUCCACCUGAUACUGGAGUUAACCCCUACCUGUCCCAAGUGAAGGCACCCCCAGGUCACCUUACUAGGACUGGAGGAUUCAGACUUACACACACAUUCCAGGCACACUCACAACCUGUUAGCAAUCUUGCUUUGCAUCCACGCAAGCAGAUUCUUGCGACAACCAGUGAUGACCAUACAUGGAAGAUGUGGUCUAUACCCAGUGGAGAAAUUAUCAUGACAGGGGAGGGACACACAGACUGGGUAGCUGAUUGUGCUUUCCAUCCAACAGGUUCAAGGCUGGCAACUGUAAGUGGAGACUCCACAGCUAAAAUAUGGGACUUCUCAAAGGCUGAAUGUGUGCAUACAUUUGAGGACCAUACUCAUGCUGUAUGGGGCUGCAGUUGGCAUUCCUGUGGAGACUUCCUUGCUACCUGCUCCCUUGAUAAUACUUCAAAAGUUUGGGAUCUCAACAGCUUGCGAUGUCGGUAUACACUGAGAGGCCAUGCUGACUCUGUUAAUAGUAUAGAAUUCCUACCUUUCUCUAACACUCUCUGUACCUGCUCAGCUGAUAAAACACUUUCACUUUGGGAUGCAAGAACAGGCUUGUGUGCGCAGACGUUCUAUGGACAUAUGCAUUCUGUUAAUCAUGUAACAUUCAACCUCAGAGGUGACACGGUUGCAUCCUGUGACUCUUAUGGAAUCAUAAAAUUAUGGGAUGUACGCACAGUUGCUCCCAUGACCAGUCUUGAUGUUGGACCACAUCCUGCCAACAGAGUAGCCUUUGACCCAUCAGGCUCAAUUGUUGCAGUAGCUAGCAAUGAUGGAUCUGUGAAGAUGUAUGAGGUUGCCUCUGGACAGGUGACAUCUCUGGUAGGACACGAAGAUGCAGCACAAUCCACAAUAUUUGACAGAAAUGGAGAAUUCCUUGUAUCUGGGGGUAGUGACUGUACAGUGAGGAUUUGGUCAUAGACUGUUUAGAUAUUACCACUACUAGAGAUGGUGUAUGAAAGUCCAUCAUUGGAGUUGUAUUGAGAUAUUGCAGGACUCAGAUUUAUUAAAAAUAGGAAACAAACAUUGUGUGAUUUGCUUACAAAUUGGUAAAAGGUUAAGGAUAAAUUUUGGCCAAUAAAUUUUCAAGAUUUUAGGAGUUAUCUACAGAUAUAGCAAAGUUUUUCAGAGGAAAGCCACUUGAUUUAAAAAAAUAAUCUGUGAUUAAUUUUUGGUAAAAUUGUAAAUCAGUAGGCACCUUAAUUUCAUCACUUUAGGACAGCAUUGUUGAAUUUUGACCCAAUCAUAGUCUUAGACAUCUCUGGGGGCACAUUAUUGAAUUCCACUCUUGAAAUGUGUACAUAUUUGUGUGUAUAAAAUUGAAAUUGUAAAUAAAUAUCUAUAUGAAAAUUGAA